GAGACAAAAACCUAAAUGAGCGCCAUUGACGAUGUCGAAAUCAGCAUUUUUGACGCUGCCAAGUAUUUCAACGAAGGAUUGAACGACGUGAAGAGACAAGUAGAUGAGAAGAAGGUGACGAAUCAUCAUCAUCUUCUUCAGCCAUCGGUUUCUUCUCCGGCGGAAUUAGGGCGGAAGAAAUCCUCGGCGCUGUCGGAGGCCAGCUGGAGCAGCCAAAUCGCUCUCCUCACCGCAAGCCGGAGGUGGUCCGCCGCUAAGAGGUGGUUUUUGAGGAGGAGGAGAAGAAACUGCUGCUGCAGCAAUGGGGAAUCGAUUCGAGUGAAGGAGGUGAUCGCGAGGCCGAUCGUGUUGAUGGAUACCGUGAAAUCGAAAGCCUCGCAUGCAGAUGCGGAUGCGGAUGCCGACGCCGACGCCGACGACGUCGUUGAGAUCCGUCAAAUUAGGGCUUCGGAUGCGCCACGUCAGCAGCGGAUAUCGGCGACGGGGAGGCCGUUCAUCAGCGCCGCCGCCGCCGUCGGAUUCACUUUUCCCAUCCUCAGCUCCGCCGCGAGGGAGGACGACGCCGGCAGCGACGCCAGCUCGGACCUAUUCGAGAUUGAAACGUUCUCUGCUCAAACGCCGUCGUCGUUGUCGUCUUGUCCGAUCCACUGCCUGUGUGAUUCCCACGCGGAGAGAAAAUUCACGCCGCCGAGCAACGUCCACCGCAGCCGGCUGAGCGCCGCCACCGCGGCCGGCUGCGAUGGGGAAUUGGAAGAAAAUGCGGCCGCGUCGAGGCCGACGCAGGAGGAGGCGGGGGGCGGCCGGGGAAGGAGAAAGAGUGUCGACGGUGGGGCGACUGCGGCGGAGGGACCGGCUUCGAUACCGUCGCUUGUAGGUGGGAGGCCCGUGCCGGCUGAAAAGCUGCGGCGGGGGAGCUCCCGAUCGCCGCCGUUGGUGGCGGCGGGCGGAUGAGGAUGCGGCGGCGUUGUUUGAAUUAGUAGAAAAUCUUUAAAAAUGAUUUGUAAUCUAAGAUUAUUACUAGUGUGGUUACUUCAUUAAUGUAAGUUCAAUAAUGUAGAGGUGUUUAUGGGUGGUUUGGCCCAAUUAGUUUCAAAUUUUAUUUUUAACCAAA